UGAAUGAGAGAGGUCUCAUGUGGAAGCCAUCUAGUUAGCAUGCGUGCGCAACCGGUGUAAAAGUUUUGCAUGGGGUACCUAGAUCACGUAUCUUUUGAUAAUUGGCUUGCAAGUUGACGCCUGCAACGGCAAAAUCAGUAAAUUAACAUUUACUCAGGAAUGCCCUCUUGCUGGUUAGUGAGUGAGGAUGGCAAUCAUAAACCCAUCCAGUUACCUCAUCUAGAAGCAGUGGUGUUGGGUCGAGGUCCGGAGACGAAAAUAAAGGACCAGAAAUGCUCUAGGGAACAAGUUGAGGUGAAGGCAGAUCACAACAAGGGAAACGUCAUGGUAAAACAGUUGGGAGUCAAUCCAAGCAGUGUUGAUAUGGCAGUCAUCGGGAAAGGAAACCAGGUAAAAAUGAGGACUGGUCAGCGGCUUCGCAUGGUCAACCAGCUUUAUCCAUACAUUGUACGUUUCAAGGAGGACACUUCCAACCAGUUUAGCAAGGACAGUUGUAAGGCCUCCAAGAGACCCCAUCAACAUGAAGACUCAGUGGAAGAGGCUGCCCAUGGCGAGGUCUACGGGAAUAAACAACCAACACCUGGGCACACAGUGCAGGACACUACCCAGCAUGGACAUACAGACAAAGGCCCAGGCCAGUAUGGAGGAUCAAGUGCUGCUCCUCCCCUGAAAAAGCCUGUACAUGCCAAUAACCAUGUGGAAGGUGGAGGUCAUUGGAGCCAGGGCUUAAAGGUGUCGAUGCAGGACCCAGAAAUGCAGAUAUACAAGGAUGAUCGAGUGGUCGUCAUCAAGGACAAGUACCCAAAGGCACGGUACCACUGGCUUGUGCUGCCAUGGGAGGCCAUCCCCAACCUCAGGGCACUCCGACCAGAGCACAUGGACUUACUGACGCACAUGCAGGAUGUGGGCCAAAGGAUGGUCAGGAAGUGUACUGCUAACCACCUUCGCUUCCGCCUGGGUUACCAUGCCAUUCCCAGCAUGAGCCAUGUUCACCUCCAUGUCAUCAGCCAAGACUUUGACUCGCCGUCCCUGAAAAACAAAAAACACUGGAAUUCAUUCACUACAGAUUACUUCAUUGAAUCUCAAGAAGUAAUUACCAUGCUGGAGAACAAUGGAGAAGUGACCGUCAAAGAAGGCAUGGCUGAGCGGUUGAAGCUGCCUCUGCGUUGCCAUGUGUGUCAAAAGGAACAAGCCACAAUACCCAAACUCAAAGAGCAUCUGAAAUGCCACCUCACAGUCUGAUCUCCGUUUGGUGGAGACUUCUUUUCUUUAUCGUAUUAUUUGUGUUACAAUAUUCAGUAUUUUCUGCACAGGACUGUUGUAGUCCUACGAUACUUGAGUCAUAACUGUAAUUAUGUUUUCAAAAAUUUGAAACGGUUGAUUUACAGAGUAAUGUUGCAGUAUGUUUGCUUGUUCAUUAUGUGAAGACAUUUACUAAAAGUUCUGAACAUGAAUAAAUUAAUUUUGGUUUCCUAGGACUGCUGGUGAAUAUAACAGUU